GAAGAAGCCGACCAUGGGUCCAGAGCCGUUUGGGGACGAGAAAUGAUCGACCGGCCUUGGCAAACAUCAUCCUCAACCAAGGAUCCUGCCAAGCGCAUUUAUAAAUCGGUCAUUUCGCUCUUCCCCCCAUCUCCGCGCCCAGAUUCUAUCUCCGAAGCUUGACUUGCUGCUUUUAUAACAAAUCCUCUUGUGACCUAUCCAGCCUAUCUAUCUUGCUAUCUAUCUCUCGUUCCUUACACCACCUCCCCCCCCCUAUUCCCGGCAGAUUUGAACAUAUCGAGAGUUCCAUUACCUCUCCGUGCCCAAUAAAUAUCCCCAGGCUUUUGUUCUGAAAUACAUGCACCGGAUUCGUUCGUGGGCGAAAGCUCACGCGUCUAAUGGCAGUACAACAGCUACCACCUCUCCCGGCGAGUCUGACGCCAAACCCCCCGACGAAGAGGCCAGUCCGUCUUCGCAGCAAAAUGGGCAAGUGAAUGCAGGUGCCCAGGGCCCGGCCAGUCCGGAGUCAAGUAGUGAAAAAGAUGGAGAGAUCUCCAACCCGGGACUUUGGAUCCGGAUGAAAAACGGCAGUGUCCGGUUCUGCAAGCAUACUAAGACAGCCCUGUGCCACAGCUGGGUCAAUGUCCUGCUGCUGUUUGUGCCCGCGGGUAUUGCCGUCCAGGCUGCUGGCCUGAACCCGGCCGUCAUCUUCGCCAUGAAUGCGAUCGCCAUCAUCCCUUUGGCAGGGUUGUUGAGUCAUGCUACCGAAUGUGUGGCGAGCCGUCUGGGAGAUACCGUGGGCGCACUGAUCAACGUGACGUUCGGAAAUGCGGUGGAGUUGAUUAUCUUCAUCGCUCUCGUCAAGAAUGAGAUUCGAAUCGUCCAGGCGUCCCUGCUGGGUUCUAUCCUGGCCAAUCUGCUGCUCAUUCUGGGAAUGGCGUUCCUUUUGGGAGGUUUGCGCUUUCAGGAACAGAUUUACAACAGCACCGUCACCCAAAUGAGUGCCUGUCUCCUCAGUUUGAGCGUUAUGAGUUUACUCCUGCCAACCGCGUUCCAUGCUUCUUGGUCCGACAGUCGGCACGCCGAUAAAUACACCCUUAAAGUUAGCCGUGGAACAAGCGUUGUCUUGCUCCUCGUGUACAUUCUGUACAUUAUCUUCCAGCUCAAGUCCCAUGCAUACCUCUAUGCUAGCAUUCCACAGCAGAUUAUCGACGAGGAAUCCCAUCCGGGUGUGCUGGCUGAGUUCAUGAACUCGUCCGACUCGUCGAGCAGCUCGUCCGAUGAGUCUGCCGACACGACCACGUCAUGGUCGACCGCCAAACGAAUCAAGAGGGCUAUGAAAUACCGACGACGUCGCAAGUCGAGCUCCAGCUCCAAGGAUACCAGUCUGCCCCAGUCGCUGCGCAACAACUCGCUAGUUGAAAUGCGAAGCGCAGGCGCCAGCGACAGAAUCGGUUCAAUUGUCGACUCGGUGUCCAGUCAUACGGACGAGAAAGGAUCCCAGCCAUCGAACAACGCGGUAGACGGUUACGAAGGAGACAAUGACAACCACCGAUUCAAUGCACCUCAGUCGAGAGACUUCGGUCAGGACACCGGUCGGCCCAAGUCGUCCAAGCGAAAAUCCAAGAGCAAGAAGCGUCACAACAAGGAAAUGAAGAAGAAAACGAUUCAGGAACCGGAGAAACAAGCCGCAUUUAUUGACAGUACCCCCUUGCCCAAGCGACCGGAGCUCAAGUCUUACGUAUCGUCCCCGAUCGCUCGCUUUGAAUCCAGCCCUGUCGAUGCUCAUCUGGACGAUGCGAACGACCUUCCGAAAAGACGAUCCCCAUUUCGUCCGCCCUUUCCUUCGCUGCUUUCCAACACGGUCUUUUCAAGUUCGACGGGUCCCAACGGCGUCCCGCAGGCAGGUCCUUCCGGCAACGCAACCGGUCUGCGCCGCACCAACUCUCUUCCCAGCCACAUGAACCGUCAGCCUCCCGUCGGUAAUGCAGUGCAGUUUGCCCGAGGCGCGGCGCGCAUGCCUACGGCCGUCAAUCCGGUGACCACCGAAGCGGCGCCUCCCCAGCAUCAGCCGCAAAUGUCACGCACCGCAGCCGUUGUCAUGCUUCUGCUGUCCACGGCGCUGGUGGCGGUGUGUGCCGAAUUCCUCGUGGACGCCAUCCCAGUGAUGGUUGAAAGCUCCAACGUCAGCGAGGCGUUCAUCGGCCUGAUCAUCCUGCCCAUCGUCGGUAAUGCGGCAGAACACGUGACUGCGGUGAGCGUGGCCACGAAGAACAAGAUGGAUUUGUCCAUUGGUGUGUCUGUGGGAAGCAGUAUUCAAAUCGCCAUCUUUGUCACGCCAUUGGUCGUCAUUCUAGGGUGGUGCAUGGACAAGGACAUGUCCUUGUACUUCACUCUCUUCGAGACCAUCUGUCUGUUCGUCACGGCCUUCGUGGUCAAUUUCCUGGUUCUGGACGGUCGCAGCAACUACCUCGAGGGAGCUUUACUAAUAGCCGCCUAUGUGAUUAUCGCAGUGGGUGCCUUCUUCUACCCGGGCAAUGACCAGUCCAGCGACCUCGGCAGCGCUGGAAGUAAUUACUGAUUUCGGCUGAAGGCCAAGUGUCCUGAUCUUCACGGAGCCCCUUUUUCCCUCUUCAUCUCCUUGUAAGAUUGUCCGUUGAUGUAGAUGAAAGACAUGACGGAACCAUGUGGGG